AUGCCUCAACAAUCGAUAACAAAACUGUUCCCUCUAUUGCCAGCUCAACCUGUGCUAUCGCAGCCACUUCGUGCCCGUGACGCAGUUCACUUGUCUCUAAGAGCUCUAAUUGGAAGCCAUCAACUCCCCGCUCUGCCACCCAUACACGAUGACGACUUGUAUGCUCAGGUCGUUACAGCAAAAGAAAGUGGACGUCUAGUGUGGAGAGGAAAUAUGGAAAUUCAUUGCUAUACAGGGAAACUUAUACUUCACAAUUUCCCGAAUGAGGAUAUAUCGCUGUGCGACCAAUUAAGGGGGUUUCUCCACAGUAAAAGAACACUGGGUAUGCUAUCUCAACGCUACGGCCUCUACCGUGUCAGCGGAAUGGACCUCAGUAAUAAGUCGGAUGACAUGUAUCAUGCUAAUCUUUUUAAAGCAUAUGUUGGUGGAAUGAGACUUGCCCUCGGAGAUCACAUUUUUCAGCAAUUCCUCAAUGAUCUUUUUCUGGCGCUCUUAUCUUGUGCUGUUCAAACUCUUGGUGUCCUUCCCCGAGCUGAUCUUUGCACUUUGCCUAUCAACGCCGGUCGCAACUUUCCGGGAACUUCAUCUGGCAACAAAGGAGAUUCCGGUGAAGAGAAGGUGUCUUCUUUCAAGAAUGAAUGUACAAAACUAGGCUUCCUACCAGAGUGGUGCUUCAGGGACUCCGGGGAGCGGAUUACUUCAGAUUACCGUUUCAGAGUGACAACUUACUAUGGGAAACAUCUGAUUUCCAUUGGUUAUGGCCCAACUAGAUAUGCUGCAAUGGUGAUGGCGUGUAGAGAUGGAAUCGAGACCUUAUUGCAGUUGGCAUCUUUACUCCACGUUAGCCAGCCUACCCCUAGCCAGCUGAAAGAGGGGUUGGAGGAGCUCAAUGGGGCACCGCAGCUUCCCGGAAAAAAAAGGAAAAGUGACAUGAUGAUGCCUGCUGGGAUACUACAGCCAAAGAAGCGCUCGAAGAAACAAUAG